CGGGUACGGCCUGUCCGUCUCAAUGAAUGUUGCAAUCGCCCCGAGAGUGAGGAGCCUCUCGGUACCGUAAUGGGCCUUUUUGGAGUAGGUAUCCACAGACAUGGUGGCGAUCCGAUGCUUUGACUGUGCAAAGGUCGAACUGCUACUGAAUGUUAUAAUACACGGUUUUAAUGGAUCACGUCACUACUUGGGUUUCGGCAUGUGGUGGUGAGGUAGGUAGGAUAGAGUACCUUAGUUAUCUAAGUGGAUACGGG